AUACUUUGUAUAUUACUUCCAUAUUCAUCCUAAUCAAUAUUAUUUAGACCAAUAUAUAGUUGAGUGUUUAAUGCUUGAUAAGAGCAAAAGAAACAUGGAGAAAGAAGCACCAAAAGGGGUUAACUUAGGAAAAUCAAUUAUAGUGCCAAGCGUAAAAGAGCUAGCCAAGGAGUCCAUAACCAAUAUCCCUUCAAGGUAUGUGGUAGAGAACGGCGACCAGCCGGAUCAUCCGAUUAACCCUUCAUUGCCGUUAUCGGUUCCAGUGAUUGACCUUCAAAGGCUUCUCCAUGGUGAUUCUAAGGACUCUGAACUAAACAAACUUCACUUGGCUUGCAAAGAGUGGGGAUUUUUCCAGGUAACAAACCACGGAGUUAGUAUUUCAUUGUUGGAAACAUUCAAGUUAGAGGUAACCAAUUUCUUGAAGCUUCCAAUGGAGGAAAAGAAGAAACUAUGGCAAACAGAAGACAAUCAUGAGGGAUUUGGGCAAUUGUUUGUCGUUUCGGAAGACCAAAAACUUGAUUGGUGUGAUAUGUUCUUCUUAAUUACUCUUCCUCCUCAAUUGAGAAAGCCUGAGCUUUACAAUAAGUUGCCUCAAAACUUAAGGGUAACAAUGGAAGCUUACGUAGCAGCAGUAAAGGGUUUAGCUCAAACUCUCCUAAACCAGAUGGCUAAAGCAUUAGGGAUCGACGAGGGUGAAAUGACAGAGUUAUUCAAUGAAGAGUAUCAAACAAUGAGAAUGAAUUACUACCCUCCAUGUCCCGAGCCUGACAAGGCCAUAGGGCUCACUCCUCAUUCGGAUGCAAAUGCCCUUACUGUCCUCUAUCAGCUGAAUGAUAUCGGAGGCCUCGAAAUCAAGAAAGAUGGCAAUUGGGUGCCCGUUAUGCCUCUUGAAAAUGCUUUUGUGCUAAACGUUGGAGACGCUUUAGAGAUUUUGAGCAAUGGAAUAUAUCGAAGUAUUGAGCACAAAGCAACAGUGAAUUCGACGAAAGAGAGGAUAUCAAUUGCCACAUUUAAUAGCCCCAACAUUGAUUCCGAAUUAGGACCAGCUAAGAGUAUUAUUGGUCCUUUUAAUCCUCCAGUUUUCCGAACGCAACCAUUGAUACAAUACUACAAGGAGUUCUUUGCCAGUAAGCUCAAUGGAAAAUCACAUCUAGAAGCUAUAAGAUUACAAUAAUAUGGGGAUUUUAACAUAGCUUAACAAUUUGUUAAGUAGUUGGAUCUAUGGAUAUGUGUAGCGUAAGAGUUAUUUGACUCUACUUGAUUGUAAAGUCAUUAUUUGUUAAUUUGGUUUUUUAUUAAACCAAGUUAUACAUACUUUAUUUAUGCUAAAGUUUUAGCUUAGCUUGAACCUAAAUGUGCACUUGCCUCUCCCUAUUUUCAUAUAAUAAUUGAGAGGAACGAAUAAAGUUUGUUUAUCAUCAUAAAAUAAAAAAUAGUAGUAUCUUUAAUUUCA